ACUCACAUUCUGAAUCCUGGAACGCUCCUCAGCUGUUAACAUCACCAAACAGGCUCUUUAUGGACAGAGAGGAACGCGUCUGGUCACUGUUUUAAAUUACUUUUCUUACAGCUAACCUGGUCAGCAUGGCUGUGGUUGGAGCAGUGAUGCCUGCCAUAACAGCGUUUCCAGGUGUUCAGGCGAUGGAAGGAAAACAGUUCGAUAAUCUGUGCAAGGUGGAUGAGUGUGCACGGAGGGGUGCAGACAACCCGCUCAUCGAAGUUGAGUUCAGCAUCGUGCAGUCUCCCGCUUUUCCUCCCAAGGACGACGACGAGCUGGGGAAAUUCUUGGACCUCGAGUUCAUUUUGUCUAACACCAUCGGCUCCGAUGUUGGAAGCAACAGCGACAACGGGAACAUUUCUCCCCCGCAGCAGCAGCAGCAGCAGCAGUGCGCUUAUUCCCUGCCGGAGUCACCGGAGAGCUGCAGCGGCAGUUCUGCGCCAGACUGCAGCGACCACCCUCCUCAUCACCUGGCCCCACAGAGCUACCACGGCACCGUGAGCUUCACAGACUCAGGCCCAGUACGCAGUCUCAUGGCGGAGCUCCUCACGCCAGAGAUGAGCUACCCGGGGGAGAGUUCACCGGACGGCACAGGCAAGGCGAGAGAAGGGCGGGAGUACACCGAACUGCAAGCUUUGAAUCCGGUCACCAUUCCAGGUACUCCCGCUCAUCACCAAGUGGCACCAUCUCCUCCCCCGCUUGGAUACAAAAUCAAAACCGAGUCUGUAGGUCAGUCUUGUAUGAUGGCUGCUGCUGGUGGGGACUUUAUGGGACAGAUGUAUGAGAGGCACCAGAUGCGCUCCGUGCACCCAACUGAUUUUACGCACCACCAGGCUACAGUUCCCGGUGCGCUGCCGGGAUUCGGUGCGCACCCCAUGCAGCAUCCUUCACCUCAGGGACACACAGGGACACACUGCCAUUUGGCGCAAAUGAACUCUCUGAGCUCUCAUCACCCCAAUCAGCACCAUCUCCAAAAUCAGUACAUGAACGCGCCCUACCAGCAGCAGUACGCGCACCAGGGGAUGUCACAGUUCCAAGGACAGUACAGCAUGCACAGAGAGCCCGUCCGCGUUCACCAGCAGCAUCACCCGGCUUCAAUGCAGGGGCUGAUGCUCACCCCUCCCUCGUCGCCGUCGCUGCUGGAAUUUUACGGUCACGAGGAGGUGGGGAACGUCAAGCAGAAGCGAGGCCGCAGGUCGUGGGCCAGAAAACGCGCCGCGACGCACAGCUGCGAGUUCCCUGGCUGCGGGAAAACAUACACUAAGAGCUCCCACCUCAAAGCCCAUAUGAGAACACACACAGGUGAGAAGCCCUACCACUGUAACUGGGAAGGCUGCGGAUGGAAGUUCGCCAGGUCAGAUGAGCUGACCCGUCACUUCAGGAAGCACACUGGACACCGACCCUUUCAGUGCCAACUGUGUGAGCGCGCGUUUUCCCGUUCGGACCACCUGGCUCUCCACAUGAAGAGGCACAUGUAGGCCACAUUAAACUUAUGGACACUUAUGUAUCCAAAUUCAUCAUGGGAUCAUGCCUGGGGCAUCCCAGAAGAAGUAAGAGUUGGUCCAUUGCUAUGUGUACCUGGCCUCGUUCCUGUAGAGACUGAAGUGUGUGUUCCCUUGAUAGAGAGCAACUUCAUGGUAUUUGACCUGCUGAGGUGCCACAAAUGUAUUCCCAUAGGAACCUUUAUCAAAAGUCAAGUGCCUCUCCUUUGGAGAAAAGAAUGAAUGUUGAUGGUUUCUGUACAUAUCUGUGGAUAUAUGAAUAACUUUGGCUAAAUUAUAGUAGUUUGUAUUUAAGACAUUUCUUCACUGUGUCUUUGAAGUUAUAAGUUAUUGCUUGUUGGUGGGUGCCUUAACAAGAAGUGCAUUUGCUUCCCAAAAGGGGAAAACUCACUGUGGGCAGGACCCAGGAUUUUGUACAUAAUGUAAAUUUGUAUUUUUGUAAUGUUUACAUCUUAUAUCUUUGAUACUACUCAGAUCAGGUCAGGGUUUUUAUUGACAAUUUUUCUAUUUUCUAAGGUUGUUGUUGUUGUUGUUAGAUACUAUAGAUUUGUCAAGUAACCAGAACUUUGUUUGUUCUGUGAAGGUUUGCUUGAGCAAUGUUAACAAAUUCAGGUACUAAAAUCUUCAGUCCCAUUUUCAGGAUCCCAAACAUUAAGCAUCUAUCCACCCUCAAUUCACUCAAUUAAAUGUUAUUUGUUAUAUGGAUACAAAGCACAUGUAUUUUGUAUGGAAGGUGUGUUUUUCUUAAGAAUGAAGAAAUCCCCGGCAACCAAGGGUUGGAGUACUGUACUUGAAACAGAAUUGCCACUCAGAUGUAUCUUUUUUUUUAACAAGAAUCCAAUUGUUUUUAUUUGCUUAAGGGCGCAGAAAAUAAAAGUACUUUUACAAAUACA